AUGGCGCGCAAGUCGAUCUACCGUGACCAUAUUAGCUUUCCGGACGAUGAGCUCGAGGGCGACCAUGUCAGCCACCACUGGUUUUACUUUUCGGGUGACUCCGUGUGGCUUCAGGAUUACGGCGUACACUUCCACGUCACGCGCGUGUUCUUCUCGCGCGACGGAAUCCGGUCCCAUCCGAAGUUCUCGGUCUUGUAUGCGCAAUUGUACGAUGCGGAUUGGAGAGAGGUGAAGGGUAUGUUGCAGCUACAGACUUCGGCUCCGGUAAAGCCUAAGGAGACAUUCUUUCUGGGGCUUUUCAGAUCCUUCUUGCCUUCACAGUUGUAUCGCAGGGAAAACGAGUUUCUGGAUGGACCUCUGACGUCUUCGACGAAUAUGAAAUUUCCCCAGAUCCUCCCCAUUCCGUUCCGCCAAAAUUCUGAGUCUUUUCUCGGCCCCGAGGACCCUCGUAUCACGCUCCGCAAGAAUCCGCUAGGAUUUGAAGAACCUAUGAUCGUCUUCAACAUGAAGUCGUACGAGUUAGGCAACAAGCGCUGCCUCCACACGUACUUUCCAUUCACCGAGACUCUCACGCCUCUCCUGAUCCAAGGGUACCCGCCGCUCGGCAACCAGAAGAACUGGGUCCCGUUCUUCGACCCAACGGAGGCCGUUAACACUCACGCGCAGUUUCUCUACAACCUCAACCCGCUCGAAGUGCUCAACUGUGACUUGGCGACGGGGGCGUGCAGAUUUAUCCAGGGCAGUGCUGCUGGUAAUAGUGUUUUAAAGCUCAAUGAUUUGAAGCUUUCGAAGAUGCGCGGUGGGUCAACUCUCUGGCCUAUUCCAGACGCGCUCCAGACAAAGCUUUCCACAGGUAAGCGUCUCUGGGUGGGGUUUGCACGAGCCCAUUUGGUCAACUGUGGCUGUGGUGAUUCUAUGUACCGCCCGAACUUGUUUGUCCUUCAGCAGAACACCUUCACGGGGGAGUAUGAGGUUUUGGCGAACAGCGAAUUUCUCGACUUUGACGUAGAGAUCACUCCGUGGAAAAAUCCGCCAGGAGAGGAUCCAGUGUGCGAAGGGGUGAAUGUGUUGAUUCCAAAUGGGAUCAGUUACUGGUAUGUGAGAGAAACGAAGAAGCCGAAAAAAAGCCCAUUCGGCUUGUUCGGGGGGAUAGCGAGUCUCGGGGAACCGAAGGCAACUUCAACUGCUAAGGACUCGCUUAAGUCACGCUCUAGUGGCUCCGUGGCUGAAACUUUCUCGGAGGGACCAAACCCUGGCUCUUUCGAUGAUUACAUGGGCCUCACAAUCUCCAGUGGUGACGCGAACGUCCAGAUUGUCCAUAUUCGUGGGCUCCUCAACCACAUUGCUCUGCUCCCCGGGCUCUUUGAUGACGUAGAUUCUGGGUCUUUCCAAGACAUCGAGUCGCUUGCGUCCGGAAAAACACCCCUGUUCACAGAGCGCCGCUGGUCCAACGCCGUGGGCUGUGCCCUCCAAUACUCGUCAUUUUACUGCAUGAAGCUCGGAGCCGCCAACGACAAGGUCUUGGAGAUGAAAAAGACCAAGGAGUACCAGGAAAAAGCAAAGGCGGAGGCAGAGGCGAAGGCAAAGGUUGACGCUGAGCGCAUCAAGGAAGAAACUCGAAUCAAGGAAAUUGAGGAGGAGGAGCGAAAAGUGAAGCAGGCGUUGGAAAUGGACGAGAAGAAAAAGGAAGAGCAUCGCAAGGCUAUGCACCAAGGGGAGAAUAAGUAA